UCGCAAACGAAUUGAUGACAAAAUACUUUGUUUACAAAUGUCCAUCCAUCUUUGUUUUAUCAGCUUUUAUGGAACCAUUUAAUAAAAAUGGCAAACAACAUAGAUAAAGUGAAAAUAAUUGUUGUUGGCGAUUCAGGUGUUGGAAAAACUUGCCUCACCCACUUAAUUGCGCACAAUGAACCUCUUAUACGUCCUGGUUGGACUGUUGGUUGUAACAUAGAAGUUAAGCUGCACGAAUAUAAAGAAGGCACACCACAACAACAAACUUAUUUCAUUGAACUUUUUGAUAUUGGUGGUUCCUUAAGUCAUAAGAACACAAGAGGCGUUUUCUAUACCCCAACACAUGGCAUUAUACUCGUCCACGACUUAACUAAUCGUAAAAGCCAUGAAAAUCUACGUGAUUGGUUAUAUGAAAUAUUGAACAAAGAGGGUAAAGAUACACAUAAGCCAAGCAACAUCAUGAACACUUUACACGCAGAUCAAAACGUUUUUGAUCGUGAACAAUUCUUGGGUGCAACGCAAAUACCGAUUUUAGUAAUAGGCACUAAAUUAGAUUUAAUUGAUGAUAAAAGACAACCAAAGCCUUUACAGAAAACGGGGGGCAUAGGUAAAACUGAUCAUUGUGGCGCUGAGGAAAUUUGGUUGAAUUGUCGUGAUACAAGAAAAUUAGCUGCCGGCACUACAGAUGCUGUUAAGCUAGCUAGAUUCUUUGAUCGUGUCAUUGAAAAGAAAACGCACACACGUGAACAUGGAUAUUUAACUGACAGACGCAAAUAUGCAACAACCUCGUCAUAUAUCGCACCAGAAACAUCAUUAAUAGUCAAUGCACCCAACUUUGACUUUAAAACCAAUAUAAUUAAGCCAACCGAUAAUGUAUUAAUAGAUAGUAGUAAUUUACAAUAAAAAAACCUUUGGAUUUAUUUAUAUCCGAAUUUUAUUCAA